AAAAAAAUAACAAAAUACGCCUACCUAUCUCACAGCCCAAUUCCAACAUCUCACAGCUAAGGGAGGGCCCUUAAAAUCAGCUUAAAAUGAGCCUCUUAUUCGCAACUUUCAUGCUUAGAAGGUCACUUCCACUUUCAUAUAAUCCGAAAUACACCUGUAGAUUCGUGGAUAGAAGCUCAUCGUACAAUAAUCGUCAUCGUCAUCAUCAUAAUUACCCUCAUCACCCUAAUAAUCACCGUCCCAAACACACCAUGACAACCAUAAUCCUCAAAAACCCGGAAAUCCCCGUCCACCUGCCCGAGGGUCUCUCCGAAGAGAAGCUCCUCGCGUUCGAGCAUUUUACGAACUGGAUCAAAACCCUCACCCGCUCCCUAGCGCAGCAGCACCGCGCCACCAACCCCCCGCACCCCUUCCACGAGGACCCGUACUCCUUGCGCUCCAUCACGAUCCAGAGCUACGACCUGUGGGCCGUCCCCGGGAAGCCCUCGCCGCGCCUCGGCUUCCUCAAGCUCCUCGCCGACGUGCGCAACGCCGCCGGGGAGACGCUGCCGGGGAGCGUCUUCUUCCGCGGGCCCAGCGUCGCCGUCUUGUUCAUCGUGGUCCCCGACGAUGUCGAGAAGGAGGAGGAGGAGCGCUACGUGCUGCUGACGGUGCAGUCCCGCGUCCCGGCCGGCAGCCUCGAAUUCGUCGAGCUGCCGGCGGGCAUGGUGGACGAGGACGGCUCGUUUGUGGGCACGGCGGCGCGGGAGAUCGAGGAGGAGCUCGGCGUCGAGGUAAAGGUUGAGGAGCUGGUGUCUUUGAGCGCUAUGGCUGAUGCUGCGGCUACUGGUGCUACUACUACCACCGCUGCCUCUGCUGCUGGCCCAAAUAGUAUAGGUGAUGGCGAUAAUAACAGUACCGGUAACAGUGAUGGAAUAGAGGGCGAGGAUGAGGGUGAGGGUGAGAUUAUACCGGUGGGAGUAUUUCCCUCCGUGGGCGGCUGCGACGAGUUCAUCCCGAUUUUCAUGCACGAGCGGCGGGUGCCGCGGACGAAGCUGGACGAAUGGGAGGGGAAAUGCACGGGGUUGCGGGAGGAGGGGGAGAGGAUCAAGCUGAAGCUGGUGAAGAUGAAGGAUCUGUGGAAGGAGGGCGCGCGAGAUGGCAAGUGUCUGUCCGCGCUGGCGUUGUGGGAAGGGUUGCGGCGGGAGGGUAGGCUGUAAGAUUUCCAUCAUGAUUCAAGAUGCUAGAACGAGGGCAAAGGAGUUUAGUAUUUUGAAGUGGGUAUGAGGGUAGUUCGGGGUUUAGCUCAUGAGGCGUUUUUAGGGGAGGGAGGAGAGCUAUGGUUUUACAGCAUCGUUUUUACAAUUUCAUAAUUUCGGCACAAUCACAAUCAUCUAUAU